CGGAUCCACACCCUUGGCCUAAAUAAAUAGGCUUACACCCUCUCUGAAUGAACUUUCAACUGACUGGGAGUAGACCAUAGACCGUAAAGGAAUACACAGGACAAGAACUUUGGACAAAAUGUGGAAUAGGAUAUUUUUUUGUGGACUGGUGGUCUGUCUCAUCUGCCUUACUGACCAGACUCAGGGCCAGAAAACACCUUUAGUUGUUCAAGGGAUAGAUUGCACACAAAUCAAAAUUCUCUCCCCCCGAGCCACCAGUGGAGUGUAUGUCAUUCAGCCUGCAGGAGUCACAUCCCCCUUUAAGGUGUAUUGUGAGAUGCUGGCGGACGGAGGCUGGACAGUCUUUCAAAUGCGCACCGGGGCAGAGGUUCUUUUCAACAAGAUGUGGGCUGAAUACGAACAAGGCUUUGGGCAUUUACAGAAGGACCACUGGCUGGGUCUGAGUAAGGUGUUUGCUCUAACCAAGGGGGGCAAGGGGCGGAGAUCGACUAUGCGGGUCGACCUGUGGGACUUUGAAGGGGGCACCGCCUUUGCUGAGUACAGCGACUUCCGUCUGGGCAGGGAGAAUGAGGCCUACAAGCUGAACGUUGGAGCCUACAGGGGCAACGCAGGUGAUGCCAUCCGUGGGAAAUACGCCGGCAUUGACCAGAAUGGUUUUGGCUUCAGCACAACCGACAAGGACAAUGAUGGCUGCUCGCCCUGCAUCUUUGGCGACAUCGCCGAGAACACAUGCAGCUUCUCGGAGGGAGGAGGAGGGUGGUGGUACAGCCGCUGUGGCUCUGCCAGCCUGAACGGAGACUGGCACCCUGCCGGCGAACACAUCGGCUGGGCCUCCGGCCUCCACUGGGAGACCUGGAAAGGACCUGCCCCAUACUCAGCCCGAGCCAGCCCCAUGAUGAUCAAGUCUGUGUGAGGCCACGUCUCAAUACAUCUGAAAUGGUUUCCUAGGCCUAUGUCUCCUUUCCUUUAUGACCACCGGUCUGAGAAGCACCUGGCAGUGUGGCACAGUAGUGGGCAUGAGUAGAGGAAGCCAUUAAAAGAACUGGAACACACACAGCUAUGUGUUCCAUGGAGUGAUGCCUGCAUUCCGUGCCAUAUUGUUUUAGCUUGAAUGGUCUGUUUAUUUGGGCAUGUUGUCCAAUCAACACACUGUAUUUGCGCUUUUUCAUCUAUUUGUUUCUUCAUGUUUUUGUUUAUCCCAUUCUCUUUGUGGUAUUAUAUAAUGAUGCACAAAUCAGAGCCAACAUGUAAGUGACAGAAAUAGAAAAUAUAGUUUUUUUUACACUUGACCAUUUAAAGUCUAAAGUCCACCAUGCUCAGAGCCACCAUGUUUUCAGUGAAGAGAAAAUACCUUGUGGAAGUUUUACUUGUUACACAGCAACAAUUCUACAGAUCUAACUUGUGAACUGUUUCAUCACAUAGUUUGGCAUAACUUAUAUUCUAGAAUGUUGAUACUGUAUGCAUUUUUAAAUAGAAUAACUUUUUGAACAUUUAUUUAGCACAAACUUAGCCAAUAUUCAAUCAAGUUCAGACACCAUUAUUUUUGCCCUGUAAACAUGCUUGGAUGCAUGCAUUCUAUGGUGUGUGUUUAUAGUGAAAUAAAAGUUGUACUUACUGCAUAUUAAAUCAUUCGUGGUUUCUCA